AUGAAUCGAAGAGAAACGGGCAACUGUGAAUUGCAUUUCGGUGGGCCAUCAGUUGAGGUGUCGUUUGAGGACGAAUCCGAGUCCGAUUCCGGCUCUGUGCAAGGAUUGGAGACAGCCAGCGCCACAGUAGAAGACGAAGAGCCAAACACUCAACAACAAUUCGACGUUUGUGGUGCUAGAAUAUGCUCAGAACAGAAUGUUGAAGAAAAUGCCGUAGCGCAAUCAAAGACAAUCGAUAUAAUUGAAAAUAUUCAGAUCGUGCCACCACACACAUUGGACCUGCUUGAAAUGCAGCCGCCAUCACAUACAGCAAAAGCAAGCCACACGAAGCGGCUACAGUUUCGAACAAAAUUGAUUGUCGAAUCUUAUGACGAAUUAAUUGAUUGCGACAAGAAGAUACGGGAAAUCGACAUUUUGCUCUCUGUGAUGGCAAUGAUAACGAAAGUGGAUUAUCAUUCACAAAUCGACGCUCCAACAAUACCAUCGAAAAUGACAGAGUUUCUUCGAUCACUGCAACCAGCAGUCCUACCAGUCGAAAAUUAUGAUUACGCGAAUUUGGAUGAAAAAAUGCAAGAAUUGGAUGCACUGGUCAUUGAACACAACGAAGUUCUGAAGCGACAAAUCAAACACAUCCAAUAUUUCGUCAACAAGAUCGCUAAAAUUGGUUGGCACAGCACGAAGUGGAUAAUUGGUGCAGGAAUAAACAACAUCGGAAACACAUGUUUUGUAAAUGCCACCCUUCAAGUGCUGUUUCACAUUUCGGUGUUAGCUGACUAUAUGCUAAACAACCAAUUUCAUCCGAGCGAAUGCAACGAAGAAUGUGCUUCCGAAAUGUUGUUCUGCAAAUUGAUCCAAUUGUUACACAAAAGUCGUCUUGGGGAGCAGAAUAUCAGGCCAUAUGGUUUCUCAGAAACAGCCCAGGGAAUUUUGCUAAAACUUGUUUACUUGAAUAGCACUUCCCUCCCCCAACUCACCUAUGAAAAAACCCGGGAUGUUAACUUACAAUUUUAUUUAAAGUUUGUUCAGCCCCACCGUGAAUCCCUCACCUGCAUUUUGAUUCGGGCUGAAGUUUACCGAUGAAUACGAAAUAAAAAGCGGCAAAAAAUGGAGUGUACAUUAUUGUUCGUAUAUUUCAUAUCGCGUCUUCCGUCUAUAAUCCACAUCUUAAAUCAAUUUAUCAAUUCACAAAAUAGUUCCAAAAACAUUUUUAUUUCCUUUCAUUUAAACUUCA